UCGUUGUGGAACAUCAUCACAUCAUGUCAGUCGUUUUUUCGUCGCUCUUGCACCUGGUUGGCUGCUAGAAACAUCAACAUAAAUAGAUUUUACGUUACGAUUUGUGGUCGUUCUGCUGCAGCAGCAUUAAUUAUUAUCCUGAUCAGUGCGGCGGGGAUCGAUACACUUCCGCGUGUGUUUCUUGGCGUGUAAUGAUACGAGAUUUGGUGGCGGUGUUUCCGAGUGCAUUCUCGAUCCAAGCUAAUGCCUCCUGCGGCAGCAGCAGCCAGAAGUGUUGAAGUGAAAUCGAUUCCGAAACUAUGCCUACGUUCUCGACGCUGAUUGGGCCGCUGCUGUUGGCCGGGACUAUCCUCCUUGGCGGGGUUGCGACCGAUGCUGGGACUGGCGGCAGUGGUGCCUCCGAACAAGCAUCGGCCACCGUGGAGAAGCUGCCGUUCUGCGACGACGAUGUCGAUAAAGGGCGCGACAUUAGCGAUAGACUGCUGUACGUCUCCACCCUGGACGGCCGGCUAUCCGCCCUGGACCUUACAAACGGAGGCGAUUUGCUCUGGAGUGUGGAAACUGGACCCGGUCCGCUGCUUUCGUCCAGCAUCCACCGGCUCGAGCUGACCAACAAUGGCAAGUGGGUUCGCAUGAUUCCGUCUCUUGGCGGGUGCCUGUACAAGUUCGACGGUGACACCAUCGAACCGAUACCGUUCAGUGCCGAGGAUCUGCUGAAGUCGUCGUUCAAGUUUUCGGAAGAUUUGGUCAUUUCCGGUGGUAGGGAGACUCGCUCCUACGGGGUAUCGACACGCACCGGUCAGGUGAUCUACGAGUGCACGAUGCGUGGCUGUCGCAAUGCGACGGAAAUUAUGGAAGACAAUGUGAAGAAUGGUCCCCCUCGGGAGGGAACUGAAGCCAUUCUUCAGCAUGAUCCAUUACAGGAUGACGUGGUCGUUAUUCGUCGCCAAACGCAGACGGUGCGAGCGGUUGAGUCUAGAACUGGGAGUGAGCGAUGGAACUUCAGCAUCGGUCAUCACGAGCUGGAGAUGCUGAAGAACGAAGAUUGUCGCGGAGGUGGGAAGAAUACGUUGGACCCGGCCAUUUUGGAUUUGGAACUGAAGGUCGUGAUUCCGGAAGGCGUGGUGUGUGCUGUAAGGAAGUCUGAACCAGGAAAAAUCUUGUGGCAACACAAGUUUGAUCAUCCGAUUGUAAGUGCCUGGAGGGCUGGUGAUAAAAAUGAUUUAUUGACGGUGGAUUUAUUCCGAGGAGCGGAUUGGGUUUGGAACGCUAACGGACAAUCGCUCGGCAGUACUGAAAAGGAUAGCAAUGGAAUGAUCAAUCCAACGUUGUACUUGGGCAUGCAUCAAAAACAGUUGUACAUACAGGAAUCAUCGGCCCUAAUGGUUCGUCAAAUGACGGAUGCCCAAACGGUUCUGUUGACGGAUGAAGAGAAAUUUCCCACGAUUCCUUGGAAACCAUAUCCGGCAAGACGUAAAGUGGUGGGAUUAAUUACAGAUGGAAGUGAGCUGGAGGAGCAAGAUACUGAUGAUAAGCAAUACGCUGAAACAACGGCAAUCGCUCGAUCGGUGCUGUACCAAUCAAGCUAUGUCAAUGGCGAUGGAUUUUUCUUGUUUACUCCAGAAGACUUGGAUAAGAAAGAUCACGAGCUAUGUUCGAAUAGCUCCACGACUCCGGCUAUAACAGAUGGCGGAGUGCGAAAUGAGAGUUCAAUAUUUGACUUUGCCAUGGACCCAGACGCCCCAGUCAAAGUGAUUAUCAUCUCCAUAUGGUUCUGGUGGAAGGAAAUAUUAGUCAUUUCGGCGACGACUGCUUUUAUUUUGAAUGUUAUGCUUCGGUUCAAAACCGAAAAGGAAGUAGUGGUGUUUGUAGAGAGACAAGUAGAGGUCCCUGUGCCUAUAGCAGUUGAGGCAACGGAGGAAGAAUUUGCACCGUUAGAGGCGGCCACUCGGAGCAUGGGAGGAAGAAGCCUCUCCGAAUCAAAUAGUGAAAAUUUCGUUUCACGUUUUCAGGAAGACUUCGAAUUAGUUCAAUGCCUUGGAAAAGGAGGAUUCGGCGUAGUGUUCCAGGUCAAGAACAAGUUGGACGAUUGUCAAUAUGCUAUCAAAAGGGUGGUGCUUCCAAACAAACAGGAAUCUAAGGAUCGUGUUAUGCGAGAAGUGAAAACCUUAGCACAUUGCGAACAUAGUAAUAUUGUCCGGUACUUCCACGCAUGGACUGAAACGCCGCCACCUGGAUGGCAAGAAAGUCAAGAUAAGAUUUGGAUCGAACGAAACUGUCUAUCGACUUCGAUCGAUAUCGAAACACCGACGGAAACAUCUCCACCAAACUCCAAACUUAUUCCUACUAGUCAAAGUAGCAUUUUUGGGGAAAAUUAUAAUAAGCAGAAACAGCAUUCCAGUGGUCAGCAACCAUGGUUGACAAAGCUUCCGGAGCCCAGUUAUUCAGUGUCGAACGCCGGAAUCAAUCACUCCAAUAGUAGCUCUUUUAUCCAGUUUCAUGCACAUUCAAAGAAAUCAUUACGCAGUGAAACAGAUGACGAUUCAUUCCAAAUUGAAUUCAGACAUGACCAUGAAGAUACCGACGCAGGGGGAGAUUCUGUGGACAUUGUUUUUGAAGAACCCUCACAGAAUGACACAUCCAAAAUCCACCACGUGAUUUCAAUCAAUGAAACACCUGAAACAGCAAACAUUCAACAACUGAGAAAGAACCGCCACCGUCGGCCACUUUCACUGGACUUGACCAGCACCGGUAGCGUCAUCCGGCCAACUUCGAUGGUUAGUCGAUCAAACACGGUGGAUGGCACUAGUGCUGCACCCAGUUCUGUAGCUCCAAGCACCGUCAAUAGCAAAAUCUAUCUUUAUAUCCAAAUGCAACUGUGCCAAAAGCAGUCACUCAAGGAGUGGCUAACAUUCAACAAUUUAUGCGCGCGCCAGAACAGGAUCAUUCCUAUAUUUGAGCAAAUUGUGGACGCCGUGCAGUACGUCCAUCUGAAAGGCUUGAUCCAUAGGGACCUGAAACCUAGCAAUAUUUUUUUCUCGCUCGACGGUCGUGUUAAGAUCGGAGAUUUCGGACUGGUGACCGAUUCGAGUGACCUGCAGUAUGACAAGGAUAAUAAUCUUCCAGAGAUGGACAUAAUAGGAGCCAAAGAGCGCCACACCCGGCAAGUAGGAACUCAGCUGUACAUGUCACCCGAGCAACAGAAAGGUCUUCCCUAUGACUACAAAGUCGACAUUUACUCAUUGGGUAUUAUUCUGUUCGAGCUGUUGCAAAGUUUCGGCACGGAAAUGGAGCGUAUUUUAACGCUGAAGGACGUGCGAAGGGACAAAUUUCCACUAAAGUUUGAGGAGAGCUACCCAGAUGAGUACCAACUCCUCAAACUGAUGCUCUCGAAGCAACCCAGCAAGCGACCAACUACUUAUGGUAUCAAAGCGCGCCCUCCUCUGAAGCGUUUGCUAACAAGCAAAUCCACCCCGCUUCUGAGGCAACAGCAGACGAUAACGCCGGUAGAAGCAGAUGCUGAUGAUCUCCAACGGAGCAGCUGGUCGGAUUGUUCCGACAACAGCGAGUGGCACUUUGAGCUACCUCCACGGCGAAAAGACAGUCGCUCCACUACUAAUUCUAGCACCGGAAGCAAUCAGAAUCAGAUAUUUUUCUAAAUGAAAAAAAAAAACAACUGCCGAAUGCAGCUGGCUCACCGGUUUUUGUAUUAAAGACAAUUUCAUUGUUAUUAUUAUGCGUAUUGAAACUAUACAUAUUUAAAAAUCAAUUUAUAGCAUAAGUGCAACUCGUUCCUUUCUAGUAAACAAAACUUCGAGCGAAAUACAUUUUUGUUAGAAGGAUUUGUAAUAUACACUAUGGAAAUGGAAACCAAUAAAAAGUUUUAAAAUCCAA